AUGAAGCUCCUUUCUUUCCUCCCCUUCUUGGCUUUCGCCUCUGCCGUUCCCUUUGGCAUCAACCACAACCAGCCAAAGUGCAACCCUCACGAGCCUAAAUACAAGACUCUCUCGAAGAAGAUCACCAACGGACCCAGCUCCGUCAUGGCCGUUGCCUGCAGACCCGAGAUUGACGACUGCACCCUCUCCACCUCCGAAGCCUACUCCGUCAGCGUCGCCGUAACAGUCGGCAUCGACCUCGGCGUUAACACAAAGACAGCCAGCGCAGGCAUCGGCGCCUCCGUCUCCUACUCCACCUCCAGAAUCACCACCGACACCGGCGCUGCCACCUGCCCCAAGGGUGGCUGGACUUGCGGUCUUGCCAUCACUCCCUCUGUGCUUGAGGUCCAUGGCAACCUGGACUACACUUCUCCUGUCGCGAACCCGUGCCUUACUCCCAAGCCUAAGAGCGGCGACUACACCGUCCAGUACCCGAUGAAGGACUCGCAGGGCAAGCCUAGAAUCACUGUGUGGGCGUGUGCUUGCCCUGACAGAAAGGGAUGGGCUGAUAAGGGUGCUCCUAAGAAGUGUCCUGCUAACUGUGGUGGUGCUAUUAUGGAAUAAAUGAUACCCUGAACCGGAACAAAACUGUAUAUUCAAGUUAUGUAUUAAUCAUUUAAUAUGAAUC